CUCAGGGAGGAGGAAGAAGAGGGUGGGAUCCUUCACAGAGAUGUAGUUGAGAAACUUCACUGACGCGCUUUUUGGCUUGAAAUGUGGAAACAACCUCGCUGACAAGAACAGCACAGAUGGAUACGAGAAUGUGAGAGGUGUUUAAAGCACAUUUUCGCUGUUUCUAUUAAACGGCGGAUGAAAGCCCGACACCAGCAGCUGUUCAGUCCGUCUCGUUCACAUGGGGUUUGUGUUUGGGAAGUCAGUCCGUGUCUCAUAUCGCAGGGAUGUCCGCGCAAGGCUUGCUAAACAGCGUCUUCUCGUGUUCCUCAUCUGGCUCUAAAACCCUCGCGAAGAGGAAACUGCAGCAGACGCGCAGUUUGGACUCUGGGCUGCUCAGAAACAGCGCGACGCUUGGAGACGCCAGCGGUCCUCGGUCAUCAUCCUGCUGGAUCUCGAGCUCCACGGAGAGCCGAAGCGCCUCGGAGAGCCUCGGUGCCGACCCCAGACUCAAACCGCGUCUCUCCACGUCGAGUCUGUCCACAUCUUCAGACGCUUCUUCGCUCUCCAGUCUUCACUUUGACUUCAGAAGCGGCAAACGCAACGCGUCCAGGGAUUUAUCUCUACACCUCUCUGCUUCAAGCAACAUCUUCUCACCGAGAAAGUGGCUUCAAAGAAAGCCGCCUCAGUCGGAUGCUGUUACGCACAAUAUCUGUAAAUCUGAGGGAGAUUUCACCUGUAAGAAAACAGCCGGUCAUAAUUUCCACAUGCAGUCGGUUUCCAUUCAGAGUCUGUCGGAGCUGGAGAGAGUCCGGCUGCAGGAAGUCGCUCUGGUCAGACUGAUGAAAGACUUUGAUUUGGGAUGCCAGAUCACCAUCCCCAAAGAUGGUCAGAAGCGGAAAAAGUCACUCAGGAGGAAGCUGGAUUCUUUAUCGAAGGAAAAGAGAGACAAAGAGACUGAUCCUCAGGCGUUCGGCGUGCCGCUCUCGCAGGUGAUCGUGAACGACCGGCGUCACAAGCAGCUCCAGGAGGAGCAGGAGGAGCAUCGGGGUCCAGUGGAUCGAGUCUCUUCACUCCUGCACCUGACGGGACGCAGAUCCACCAACAAGGAACUCUCCAGCAGUAACUCGUCCCUCAGCUCGUCCUCCGAGACGCCCAACGAGUGCACGACACCCGGUACACCGGAGACACCGCUGCGCUCACGCAGACGGGGCGGUAUGUCUGUGGACUGCAUCACUGAUCUGGACGACAGUCAGUCUCGUCUGCUGGAGGCUCUUCAGCUCUCCACGCCUGUGGAGUCACACAGCGAGAAGAAGAAGAAGAAGAAGACGAGCGACGCCAAGCUCAGCCUGAACCCCAUCUACAGACAGGUGCCACGCGUGCUGGAUAGCUGCUGCCAACACCUGCAGAAGUAUGGUCUGCAGACGGUGGGCAUUUUCCGGGUCGGGAGCUCCAAGAAAAGAGUUCGACAGCUGCGUGAAGCGUUCGAUCGGGGUGCUGAUGUUGUUCUGGACCAGCGGCACAGUGUUCAUGAUGUGGCAGCGCUGCUCAAAGAGUUUCUGAGAGACAUGCCUGAUCCUCUGCUGACCAGAGAACUGUACUCCGCGUUCAUCAGCUGUGCAUCUCUAAACAAGGAGGAUCAGCAAACAGUCAUACAGUUACUCAUCUGUCUGCUUCCUGCCUGCAACAGUGACACCCUCCAGUGUUUACUUCACUUCCUGUCAGACGUAGCCAAUCACGCAGAGGAUUCGCGGGACGCUGAUGGAAACGAGGUGAUAGGUAACAAGAUGACGUCUCUGAACCUGGCCACCAUAUUCGGCCCGAACCUGCUGCACAAGCAGAAGAGCUCAGAGAAGGAGUUCAGCGUGGAGAGCUCGGCGCGGAUGGAGGACAGCGCCGCCAUCAUCAGCGUGGUGCAGCACAUGAUCGACACGCACCAGUCCCUGUUCACGAUCUCAGCUGAGCUGCAGAACGAGCUUCUGCUGAGUUUGCUGGACACAGACAGUGAUGUGGUGCAUUAUCUGCUGAGGAGGAAAACACCACAGUGUGAAGAUGUGAAGAGCUCCAGUGGAGAAAUCUCUCCAUAUGACAACAACUCUCCGGUGCUCUCUGAGUGGUUUCCUCCAUCAGGACUGGAGCAUCAGAGUCCCACACACCUCCAGCACGCUCUCGAGAGCAACAACACUGUGAACUUCUGCCUCUCACCCUCACAAACCAGCGCCGGGGAAACCAUACAUGAUAAGGCUCGUAUCUGGAGAACACGACACGCUCUUCUGUCAGGUCUUCAUGACAAACUCCUCACAGGUUCGGAUGGACACCUGUAUAAACGCGCCUCUUCUGAUGUUUUCUACGAUGACGAUAAUGACAUGGAACCUGUGCAUGAGACACAAACGUCCCAUACGAAUGUCUUUGCUGAAGGUAAAGCGCACCUGCAGGUCACGAGUGCAGAUGGCAGUCCUCUGUGCUCCCCACGCCAUCAACUGCAUCCUAUUGCAUCAAGCUGCUGGACUGCAUUUCACCAGUCAGAGGAGGCGAUGGCACUUGCUGCCAAACCAGAUGACAGACUUCCUGCUGUGUCCUUGCAGCAGCAUGUCACUUCCUGUCAGGGUGCGGCGUCACAUAUGCCACCCAAGAGCUUCGGAGUGGAGCAGCAUUCAGACUGGCCCACAGAGAAGUGGCAAAUAUGGCAACUCCUGUCAUCAGAAAGCAUAGACACACUUCCAGAGACUAUGGUGUGAAACAUGCAGCUUAAAGGGACAGUUCACCCAAAAAUGAACUUAC